CAAUCAAAGAUGGCUGCUGUUAAGCUUGGACCGUAUUUAAAAGAAUUACGAAUUCUUUUGUGUCAAACAUCCAAGACUAGUCAAGGUGUUAGAGAUUUUAUUCAACAGAAGUAUGUACUCCUUAAGAAAAGUAAUCCACAGUUUCCAAUUUUAAUUAGAGAAUGUUCUUCAGUGGAACCAUUCCUGUAUGCACGAUAUGAAUAUGGCGUAGAGCACUGUGUUUCUCUACAAAAUUUAAAAUCUGAAGAAAUAUUAAAACGCAUUGUGGAACUUGCAUCUAGUAAACCCAAAUAAGAAUUGUUCUGUUAUAUAUGUAUUCUAAUUUAUUUAGUAACAAAUUAAAUUAAAGUAAGUUGUAUAAACUUAAUUACAUUGUAUCAUAAUCAUGUUUAAAAAAUGAUUAAAUAUUAUAGUUGGA